AUGGCGGACCAAACAAAUGCAGGGGGGCCUCAAAAGACCCCGAUUCUGGCUCCCGCAGCGCACUGCAAGGCGCCGGAAAAGCCCAUUCUCACGGCCGAGCAGCAGGCCAAAUAUGAGUGGCUCCUAGAGAAAGCAAAGACCUGGACAGAAGUCCCCUCAACACAGGGCAAGGGCGGUCCUCUCACCGACAGUGAGAAAUUAUGGCUCACGCGCGAGUGUCUCCUGAGAUACCUCAGGGCCGUCAAGUGGAAGCAGGAGGAGGCCGAGAAGCGAAUCCUGGAGACUCUGACCUGGCGGAGAGAAUACGGCGUCGAGGACCUCACCGCUGAGCACAUCUCGCCCGAGAACGAGACGGGCAAGCAGAUCAUUCUGGGUUUUGAUAAGCAGGGCCGUCCUUGUCAGUACCUGAACCCCGGGCGCCAGAACACAGAGGUCUCGCCCCGACAGGUCCAACAUCUGGUCUACAUGGUCGAGCGGGUGAUCGAGCUCAUGCCGGCACAGCAGGAGACGCUGAGUCUGCUUAUCAACUUCAAGUCUGGCAAGACCAGGACCAACACUGCUCCCGGCAUUGGCCAGGGCCGCGAGGUUCUCAACAUUUUGCAGACUCACUACCCGGAGAGGCUAGGUCGAGCAUUGAUCAUCAAUGUCCCCUGGGUUGUCUGGGGAUUUUUCAAGCUGAUCACGCCUUUCAUCGACCCCUUGACCCGUGAGAAGCUCAAGUUCAACGAGGACAUGUCGCAGUACGUCCCGAAGGAGCAGCUGUGGACGGAAUUCAUGGGCGACCUAAACUUUGAGUAUGACCACGCAACCUACUGGCCGGCCCUGACCAAGCUCUGCGCGGAGCGCCGUGAGGCCAAGAGGCAGAGAUGGGAAGCUGGAGGCAAGCACAUUGGCGAGUUGGAGGAUUACCUGACCGGCAUCUCUCCCAACGGAGUCGCACCGCGGCCGGAGGCGCCCAGUGAAGACCCGGAGGCAGAGGGUGCGGCGACGCCAGACACAGAGGUCGACCCCAAGGAGCUGGCCGAGAAGCUGCACGCCGUCAAGAUCGCAGAGGAGAAGCCGGCCGUCGUCGACGCUCCGAUCCCGUCCGUGCCGGCUUCGCCAGAGCCGACCAGGGCUUGA